AUGAGCGGGAGCGCGUUCAAUGUGUUCAAGUCGCGGGUGCCGGUGGCGUGGAGUCCCCGGCUGUACAUCACGCUGGUGCGGGGCCUCCCCGGGACGCGGCGCCUCCACCGCCGCACGCUCGAGGCCAUGCGCCUCCGCCGCUGCCACCGCACCGUCGAGCACCGCACCACGCCGUCGCUCCUCGGGAUGCUCACCCAGGUGAAGCGCCUCGUCGCCGUCGAGACCGAGGAGAUGUACAACGCGCGGAAGCAGGCCGAGGCGGAGAGGCGCGCGCUCAGACCCCCGCUCGUCGUCUCCCACCGCCCGCCGCCGCCGACUCCGAAGCCGGCAGCAGCAGCCGCGGAGGGUGCCGCUGCCAAUGCGCAGUAG